CAAAUAUGGUAUAAAAGUCCAAUUAAAGAAACAAUUCAAUCAUAUUUAGGCUAAUAACUCAAUCAUCAUUACAAGUCGUUAAUCAUAUUUAGUAGCACAAUACUAAAAUGUGGCUGGAUAAGAAAAUGUGUGUACCGGUGCACACAAAAUUUAGGAGUGCAACCGUAGAAUUUUCCAAAAAACAUUUGGAAUGUCAUAUUCCAAAGUCCAAACAACUCAACAACUUAAAGAAGAAAGUGAAAAGUGCCAUUUGGAUUUGGGAAAUUUGGAUUUUGGAAUAGCCUAAUAGGAGACCUAGUUCGCUGAGAACACCCUUUUCCUAAUCACGUCUUACUUUACCCGUAGCAGUUGGCUUUUCCGGUGUUUUAAGAAAUUAAACAGCCUAUUUUACGGUGACCGGCCUUUUUAACUUUUUUAAGAAUAUAGAACGUACAGCCUGUCUGGCCGGCCGGCGUGCACUUACUCCCUAUUUAAUAUAUUAACUUUGUGCCUUUUUUAUUGCAAUAUUAGACUUUUUACACUAUUUACACUAUUUAUACACUAUUUACACUUUUUACACUAUUUAUAUAGAAAAAAUGGCAUAGAUAUUAGUCUUGGACUUCUGAUAGACAAAAGUAUAACUCUUUUUAAUUAUUCCAAAUAUAUGACUUCCUUUUUCCAUUUUCUUCCAACCCUACACGCUAAACAUGCUCUUCAUUCCUGUCUGCGCUUCAUUCCCAUCCAGGAGCUCUGCACCUUCUUCCUCACUGGUUGAGAUUUGCGCAAUCAGAGAUGAGGAGAGAACCGCCGCUCCUGCCGCUGCACCGCCAUUCUGCACCACCGUUCUGCACCUACUAACUCGUCCUCCGGCGCACAACUUGGAUCCUAGUCUUCUUCUAUUUUCUUCUAUUUCAAACCGCCGUCGCCGCCCUCUCCCUCUCCUCGUAGAACUCGAUUAGAACGAAGAUCUAAAUCUCAGAGCUGCUGGAUUGCCGUCUUCGGCCAGAUCCAUCGUCGUCUUCGAUGGAAUUUUGUCGCAGGGUGGCCGCUGGUGCUGGAUCUGCCGUCCUCGGGGCCACCGGUGCCAGAUCUGCCGUCCUUAGGGCCACCGGUGCCGAAUCUGUCAUCUCAGUGGCUAGCCGGAGUAGUCGCAGAGGGGACGCAGGUGGUUGUUUGGCAGGGGCAGGAGGCAGGAGGGUAGCCGCUUGGUUUCAGAUCUGCCAGGGAGUUGACCGCUUGAUUUCAGAUCAGUCGGUGCGAUGGCUGCUUGGUUUCAGAUCUGCCGGUGUAGUGGCCGGUUGGUCUCAGAUCUGCCGAGGGCAGUGGCAGUGGUUGGGCAGAGGAUGUGCGUUGUGGGCUGGGCAGUGACGGUAACGGUGGUGUGGUGAGGGGAGGGGGUUGGAUACGAGUGGGGGUUGUGGACGGGGAAGGGGUGGCAUUGUGGCCGGGCGGACGGGCAGUUACUGGGUCGGUGGGCCGCGUAGUCACGGUGGUCGGAAGUCACUGAGGCCGGAAGUCACGGUGGCCGGAAGUCUCUAAGGCCGGAAGUCACUAAGGCCAGAAGUCACGGUGGCCGGAAGUCACUGAGGCCGGAGUCAAUGUGACCGGAGUCACUGAGAUAGUGACUGACGGCGGCGGCGGCGGUGACGGCGGUGGCGGUGCCGGUGACCGCGACGGUCUGGAGUAGGCGGCCGCAGAGCUGCUUGUGGCUGCAAACUUAUUAAAAUAAUAAAUUUAUGAUUAAAUAUAAGGACUAAAUCACUUUAAUCACUUUUUUGGAAAAAAAUAAAACAAGUCAUAUUUUUGUCAUUUUCACUCAUUUUAGUAAUAUUGGAAUAAAAAGGCCAUUUAUAUAUUCUAUUUAUAUCUAUACUUUUAUAUAGCAAAGUUGAGUUAAAAAAUAAUGAUAUGUCAGCUUCCUAUUGGAUAAAACAAAUUCUUAUCAAAACAAUUAAAACAAUUAAUUAACUCCCUACACCAUACGGCUAUUUCAAAAAAACUCCCUACAUCACAACCGAUUUGGAGCAAAAAAAGGAGAAAUAAUCUCUCUUUUUAAAGUGAUAUAACUUUUAUAUUUAUAAUCCAAUUUUUACAAAAAUUAUAUCAAAGUUCAUAAGUUUUUAUUAUCUUUCACAUCACACCAAUAUCAUAUAUAUAUAAAAAUAAAAAUAUACUACCUCCGUCCCAAUUUACUUAGCCAUCUUUGACUUUUCCAGUCGUAAAUUGUGACCAAUUAUUUAAACUAAUAUAUUUAUGCAAAAUUUAAUAAUUUUAUACUUUUAUGAUAGUAUUUUUAACAAAGAACAUUUUAAGAUCAUUUUCAUAUUAUUAAUAUUUUAUAUAUAUAAACAUAUAAUCGGUCAAAGUUAGAUGUCAUUGACUUGACAAGUCAAGUUUGGCUAACUAAAAUAGGACGGAGGGAGUAUCUUUCUACGUUCAGUAGAAAGAUUCCACACGGUUUAUGAUAUUUAACUAACCAUAAAGUUAAUUGAUCCUAUCCAUAAUUAGAUUCUUUAUAGUAAAUAAAAUUUACGUAUCUACAGACUACAUCAAAAGUUUUAUAAAGUCGCAAAAGAAAAACUCAAAUUUGAUAAAAAAUGGAUAUAUAAAGUCAUAGGAUAGAUUAAGAAGACUUUAUGUUGACCGGAUAAUAGUGGAUGAGAACUUUUGAAUGAGAUGAAGGUAGUAUUUUAUAUAUCAAAUCCGAGUUAAAAAUUCUAUUGAUUUAUAAAAAUUAUAUUAUCACUGCUCUUUUGGAGAAAAUAAAGGAGAAAAAACUUUUUUUAAUGUAUUAAAACUUAUUUAUUUGGACUCCAAUUUUUACAGAAAAUACAUCAAAAUACAUCAAAAUUUAUAACAUUCUAUUAUGUUUCAUAUAACACCAAUAUUGCAUAUAUAAAAAUAAAAAACAUUAUUUUAUACAAUACAUUUGGGUUAAAAAUCAAUGAGGUGUUAGUUUCUUAUUGAUUAAUAAAAGAUUUAUAAUCAUUACUACUAAAACUUUUAAUUAAUUAAUCCAAGAUCAUUCGUAUUAUAAAUUAAUUUUUUAAAAAGUUUUUUUAAAUUUUCAAAAUAUGAAUUUAUUAUUUUUUUAGUAACAAGGAAUUAAAGAACGUAGUAAUACGUAACAUAUAGGGAUCGUAUAUUUGUAUAUAUAAAUAAAUCACAUACGUAGUAAUAGUAUUACUUCAAGCUAUAUUAAGGAUGGAGGAGGUAUCGGAACGCCGUCUGAAAUGCGAACGCCGUCUGGAUUGGUGCUGGAAGAACACCAAGUGGAUUGUUGGAUGUAUUGUUGUGUUUGUGGGUUUACUUAUCGUUACAGGGAUUUUUUGUGUGUAUAGGUUCAUGAUCCAUAAGCAUCAUGACUCAGACCAGAAGCUACCGGCAUACUCCGUCACUGACGCCGGCGUCACAAACGUUAACAUAAACACGGACGGCAGCGGCCGCUUCACGGCCGACUUCAGCUUCACCCUGAAUGCCUCCAACCCGAACACAAAUCAUACCCUUUACUAUAACAACGGCAGCGCCGUGGAGGUGACGCUCUCUUUCACCGGGAACGACGUGCCGGUGCCGGUGGUGUCCGCCGCAUUCCCCACCGGAAUAUUGUCCCAGCAGCUACUGAUCCUCCCUCGCGCCUCCGCCGACCUCCCCUUCAGUCUUCACGCGCAAGACGUUCCCCCGGAGUUCCUCAUCAAGCCUGACAUGAACGUGUUCUUCGCCAACUUGACGGUCAACGCUAUGGCGGCGAGCUUUGCUGAGAACUCGACGUACCUCCGGCAUAUGGUGGAAUGCCGCUUUACUCUGCGCUACGCAAAUUCUCCCGAUCGGUUCCAGGUUGAUGGCACUCCCUGUAAUUCUAUCCUACUUCCGGCCGCUUAAUCAUCGUUUCCUGCUUUCUUCUUUCCUUUUGAUCAGUCUCCGGCUACUUUUAUCUUUUCUGCCUUCGAUUAGUCUCCGUACAAGAAAUUGCUCCAAUUAACACCUAAACAUAUAUUUUGUCCCACAGUCCACAGUUUAAUCAUUUUUGUUGUAAAAGAUUCUGUCCUUUAUUUUUCUCUUUGGACGCAAGUUUCAAUUAUUUAUACUAUUGAUAUCAUUUGCAAUUUGAUUA